AUGGCAAGUCUGGCAAUCCAGACAACGGUGGCUCUUUGGGAAGCUUUGGCUCUGCCCUUGGAGGUGCACUUGGAGGCGGUAGCGGUUCUAACUACGAAUCCAUUUGGAGGCAAGCCUGCUGGUGCAAGUUCAUCCGGAGCCAAUCCGUUUGCGCAGAAGUCGAUUACUGUUCCCGACUCCGAUGAUGAUUCGGACGACAGCUCAGAACCGGGAUCUCUAGCUGCUGAGGAGGCACCGCUUCCGCCAGACUUCUCGGCACCAUCCCAGAUAACUCCGCCAGAGCUGCCACCCGCUCUGCCUGAAGACAAUGACUCAGAUGGUGCAGACGAUGAAGGACAGAGGAGGAAGGCGACGAGGAGGAAGAGGACGAAGAAGAAGAGGAGUACGAGGACGAAGGCGACGAAGAGGAGGGAGAAGGUGAAGAGGAAGAAGGAGAGUAUGAAGACGAGGAAAAUGAGGAGGAGGCAGGAAAAGAGAACGAGGCACCCAAAACUCCGAUCAAGGAAGAGUUCAAGAAAGAAGAGGAGAAGUCUUCUGCCGAGACCCCUAAGGCGGCCGUUCCUUCUGGGGCCGCCCCUAAAACGCCUGUUCCUUCUGAGGCCCACCCCUAAGGCGACCGGUCUUUUUGGCACCGCCUCCAAAACGCCCGCUGCUUUUGGCGCCACCCCACCUGCUGCAAAAGCGACAACGCCUGGAUCUGGAUCUGGCUCGAUCUUUAGCAACUCUGGAAGCUUUAAGCCUUUCUCAUCCAGCAAUUUCUCAAAAGAUGCUCCUUUCAGCAGCUUGUUUAGCAAGAAGCAGGAAGACAUUCAGAGUGAGAAUGACGACGAUGAGGAAGACGAAGAUGAGGAGGACGAGAAGAGGAGGCCCCUCUUCCGGCGAGGCAGUUACGCGGUAAAGUGCCGCUACAGUCCAAGGGCAUGGGCGGUAUGGGCGGUUGGGAAGCCAUGGAAGCCUGGGAAGUCUGGGAAGUCUGGGAAGUCUGGGAAGUCUGGGAAGUCUGGGAAGUCUGGGAAGUCUGGGAAGUCUGGGAAGUUUGGCGCACAAGAAUGUCAAGUCAUCGAGACCUGUCAACCCAAAGCCUAUCAACUCGGCGGCGAUCGCCUCGCUAUUGAACGCAUCAAUAUCGAAGGAGGAAGAGCCAGAGCCAGAGGAGGAAGAGGACGACGCAGAGAGUGUCGUGGACUCGAUGCGGAAUACAGCGACCAUGAGGACGAAAAGAUCCGUGAGCAGCUGUGCAAUGGUCCAGUCAAGCCGUCAGUCACAAUCCCGGAAAUAAAGAAGCUCACCAAGUUCAAUGAUGUCAACGAUUUCACUACUGCUUUUGACGCACUCUUGAUUUCUGGCAAUAUGAUGGUCAAUAAACUCGGUCAGAUGGCUCGUGGUCUUCAGUCUUACCACCUCGCACAGCAGACCCCGGCCGAGGGUGUCACACACGAGAAACCUGAGGACAUGAAGCCUACCGACAACUGGCGCUUGGGCGAGUUGGCGAUAGUGACCAAGACUAUUGCCGACUUGGAAUUGGAGGUGCAGAAGAUCGCUAGUACGACCCCCAAGCUGGAGGAGAGGCGACAGUGUGCUACCAGGGGAUUCAUCAAGCUCAAUACCAAAGAGUCUGAGAUCAAACGUCUGUUCUCCAGCCCGCCUCCUCGCCCCGAGCAGCAGAUUCAGCAGCGUACCCUGCGCAAGUCGUUUAGCCGCGUCGAAAAGGCGCUCAAGGACGCUGAGUACAAGGCGACGCUCUUCAAAGCGAAGAUUGCUGCGCGUGACCGUCACCGAACCCGGGCCAAAUACCAGCCUCCCACCGUCGAAGGCGUCCGCACCACAAUCCUCAAGCUCACGGCGAUGGCGGAGAAGAAGAACAGGGAUGUCGAAUACCUCGAGGAGAAGCUUAGACGCAGGAGACAGGGCAGCAGGGCCAGGAGUUCGUCGUCUACUCCUGGACGCAGCUUCAGUACCAGUACUCCGGAGAGGGAGGUGGAGACUCCGGUUAGGAGGAUGGCCUAUGGUGUUUCCGCACCCACUCCGGUGAUGGUUCUCGUCGAAGAGGAUGAUCUCGAGGAGGUUGUCGAGGACCGCAGAAGGCGUAAGCAGGCGGGAAGGAAGCUGGGAGGUGCUCUGCGUAAGGUUGGUGGUAGAGUUACCGACGCGUAG